AAACAUUUUAUGUCGUACAACACCCCUGCCUUUGAGAUUGGUAGAGCCCGUUAAAACACAGCUAGGCAAUCAAACACUGAGCCAGGUCGCGCAGCGCAGUAUAUAUAAAUUAUUCCUGCAGAAUUAGCAAGUCAGUGGAUGAGAUUCUUUCUUUGAGCUCUCUUCUGGGACCAAGCCGUCACAGCGGGAGUACACCUGUAACUUAUUCUCUUAACCUUCGUCCCAGUUCUCCGUUCAAUGCCUAACACUGUGGAAAGUGAAGGCGCCAAGGUAUCUGCUAGAACUGAUCAGGAGGCCCCAUCACGGGCCCCGGGCAGAGAGGAUGAGCGUGAGCGCAGCUUCCUGAGCCCGUUGACGCGUGAUGCACUGAGGGUGCGACGGGCCUCCAGCGCAGAGCUCCAGCUUCCUUGGACCUGCCCUGUUACACACUCUCGAGAGAAGUUCUACACCGUCUGCUCAGACUAUGCGCUGCUUAACCGAGCCCGACCCAUCAUCACAUCCGAAGAUGUGCCACCAACCAAUCCAGACAGUGGGAUAUCAUUAGUCAAGACCAACACUGCAACCCCCUCCCAGAGCCACUCAGGGGGCAUAAGUGUGUCUUUAGAUGGGAACUGUGAUAUGGAGGUUGUGUCAUCCAGCAACAAGCCUGUGCUGGCCUGGGAGAUUGACACCUCUGAUUUUGAUGCGGUUUUAACCCGGAAAACCAGAACAAGUAAUUUAAAGAAGUUCAACUCUAAGAAAAUGAAAUCGUCUGACAGGCUUAGCAGAAACCUGCAAGAUCUCCCACCACAAGCUUCUCUGGAGGAGAUCAAACAGAGAAAAGUCUUGGACCUCCGUAGAUGGUACUGCAUUAGCCGACCCCAGUAUAAAACAUCAUGUGGAAUCUCUUCACUUGUCUCUUGUUGGAACUUUCUCUACAGUACUCUAGGAGCAGGCAGUCUCCCACCUAUUUCUCAAGAAGAAGCCCUGAAUAUUCUUGGUUUCCAGCCUCCAUUUGAAGAUAUCAAGUUUGGACCAUUCACCGGCAAUGCCACUCUGAUGCGAUGGUUCAGACAAAUCAACGAAAAUUUCCGUGUCCGGGGAUGCUCUUAUAUUCUGUACAAACCUCAUGGGAAGCACAAGACAGCAGGAGAAACAGCUGAGGGGGCGCUGCUGAAGCUGACGCAGGGACUCCGAGAUGAAUCCAUGGCCUACAUUUACCACUGUCAGAAUCAUUACUUCUGUCCUGUGGGCUAUGAAGCUACACCACUAAAAGCAGCCAAAGCAUACAGGGGGGCACUGCCGCUUAAUGAGAUGGAACACUGGAUUCUCAUUGGCGAACCAAGCAGGAAACACCCUGCAAUCCACUGUAAAAAAUGGGCAGAUAUUGUGACUGAUCUGAAUACUCAGAACCCAGAAUACUUAGACAUUCGCCAUACAGAGAGAGGCAUUCAGUAUCGCAAAACCAAGAAGGUUGGAGGCAAUCUGCAUUGCAUCAUGGCCUUCCAGAGAGUGAACUGGCAAAAGCUGGGACCAUGGGCACUGAAUCUGGAAAAUCUGAGGCAUGAUCUCCAUCAUCAGGCUUCAGAACACAGAGGUCAAGCUGCGACAGAGGAUGGUUCUGAGGAGCGAGCAGUGAAACGCCUGGGUAGGUCCCUCAGUACGGGGAACAAGUCCGACAAUGCUUGGAAACGUUUGUCCAACACAGCAGAAUACAGGCACCGAGGCUCUCCAGACAGUGACCUGGAUGAAGACAUAACUGACUAAAUCUGAAGUGUCCAACCCUCCUCCUGAAGAGCCAAUUGGGUUUCGACAGUUUAAAACAAGAAAAAAGAUAAAGAAAAUUUAUCUCUCCAGGUUGUUAGCAACAACGAAAGGUUAGAAUUAGGUAUGACGGAUGUGGUUGCAAGCCAAAUGGUGUGGCGUAGUAGUUAACAUUCAGGGCUGGUAACCAUAAGAAUGCUGGUUUGAUGCCCAUGAGGAAUGAACCACGAGCUCUCGUUGGAGACGUUCUUGUAAUGCCACCAUUCUACAGCAAUGCGAAACAAAUUCCACAGGCCUUGGUUAUGUGGCAAUAAGUUAAAAAAUAUUACUUAAUGGCUCUCCAAGAAGAGGUCAAGUCACUUCCUGUAGGUCAAAAUGCUGCUUUGUUAAACACAUUGUGGAUAAAGGAAUCAUUAAAUAAAUUGUCCUAAAGGUGAGGUCUCAUU